AUUUGGGGUGCCAUUGUGCGUCCCCGCCAUAUUGUCGUCCUCUGUCUUUGGCUGAGGCCCCUAGAUCUCUCUCCUCGGUAUCUGUGUCCCCUCUACUGACUGCAGGAGGUCAGCUGCACACCCGGUGCCUGGAAAUGGUGCCCUCGGAGGCCAGAGGAGGGUGUUGAGCACCUCAGAGCCGGAGCCAAGGGUGACAGUGGUGACGAACUCGAAUCCUCUGAAAGAGUCGCAAUGCUCUUAGCCAUUGAGCCCCGUCUCUUCAGCCUGUCUUACAAAUGAGUUUAUGAUGAGUCGGUGACCUUGGAGGAUGUGGCUGUGAACUUCACCCUGGAAGAGUGGACUCUGCUGAAUGCAUCCCAAAAAGAGCUCUACAAAGAUGUGAUGCAGGACACCUUGAGGAACCUGUCCUAUAUAGGAAACAAAUGGGAACACCAAAAUAUUGAAAACGAGUAUGAAAAUCUCUGGAGAAAACUAAGUAGUCAGUUGUUGGAGAGACUCUGUGAAUUUACCGAAGGUCAUCAGCGUGCAGAAAUCUUUAACUGGACUCCAGAGUGUACUGUGAACCAGAAAUCACGACCAGGAAUUCCCCCAUAUGAGAGUCGUGCCUACGAAGAAGUGGUUAUUGGACAUUUAUCUGUGAAUGUGCCCCCUUAUCCUCACCCAGGACACAAACUGUAUGACACUCAGGAAUAUGGAAAAGAGUUGUCUAAACACAGAGAAUCCGGGAACACCUCCAAUUCUUCCACACCCUUUCAGAAGCAAAAAAGAAUUCACACUGAGGAGAAACCUGAACCGAGUCACUGUAAAGAAGACUCCAGGUGUCUCAUAUCUAGUCAACACGAUGAAAAGACCUCCGGCGGAAUACAGCAGUAUGGCUGUAAGCAGUGCGGGAAAGUUUUCACUUCUUCCAGCUCUUUUCGAAGGCAUGAGGAGUAUCACAGCCGAGAAAAAUCCUAUGUUUGUAAGCAGUGUGGGAAAGCCUUCCCCUUUCCUAGCUCCCUCCAGAUACAUGAAAGGAUUCACACCGGGGAGAAGCCCUAUAUGUGUAAGCAGUGUGGAAAGACCUUCGCCCGUUCGAGCUCCCUGCUGACGCACGAGAGGAUUCACACCGGAGAGAAGCCCUACGUGUGCAAGCAGUGCGGGAAGGCCUUCACUGAUCGCAGUUCGCUCCGAUUCCACGAAAUGAUGCACAGCGGCGAGAAGCCGUAUAAAUGUACCAAGUGCAGUAAGGCUUUUGCUUCCUCGGGCGCCUUUCGAAAACACGAGCGAACUCACACGGGAGAGCAGCUCUUCGUGUGCUUGCAAUGCGAGAAAGUUUUUAGCUGUGAAAGUGCUUUUCGAACACAUAAAAUAAUUCACUCCGGGGAAUGCGUAUGUAAGCAGUGUGGUAAAGCCUUCACCAGCCACAGUUCCGUUAAGUACCAUGAAUUGAUGCAUAGCGGAGAGAAACCCUACGUUUGUAAGCAGUGUGGGAAAACCUUUAGGUCUCCGAAGCAAGUUCAGAUUCAUAAGCGAACUCACACCGGAGAAAAACCUUACGUCUGUAAGGAAUGCGGGAAAGCUUUUACUUUUCUCGGUUCCCUUCAGUACCACGAAUUGAUCCAUACUGGUGAGAAGCCCUAUCAGUGUAAACAGUGUGGGAAAGCCUUCAGGUCUUCUCGUCAGGUUCAGAUCCAUGAGCGAACUCACACCGGAGAGAAACCAUACGUGUGUAAACAGUGCGGCAAAGCCUUCUUUUCUUUGUAUCAUUUAAGGAGACACGAAGUAAUUCACAGUGGCACGAACCCCUAUGUUUGCAAACAGUGCGGGAAGGCCUUCAGUUGGUUCAGUACCUUUCACAGUCAUAAACAGACUCACACUGGCGAAAAGCCCUAUUUAUGCAAGCAGUGUGGCAAAGCCUUCUGUAGUCGCAUAUCGUGGAGAAGACACGAGAAAGCUCACACCACGGUGAAGCCCUACGCGUGUGUGCAGUGCGGAAAAGCCUUUCGUUCCCCUAGUUACCUCAAAAUACACGAAAGAAUUCACACUGGGGAGAAACCCUUUAUAUGUUCUCAGUGUGGGAAACCCUUCCGUUCUUUUCGUUAUGUCAAAUCCCAUGAGAGAAGCCACACUGGAGAGAAACCCUUCGUGUGUUCAGAAUGCGGGAAGGCCUUCAGUUAUUAUAGCUCUUUCCAUAGACAUAGAAGAACUCACCAGACAGUAACCUUGAACACAGAACUUGAAGAGACUUCCUAACACCCAUGAGACUGCAUGUGGAGAAACCUGUUAAGGUUAAGCCAGUGAAACACCUUCUGGUGCUACUCAUGGGUAAAGGAAACUUUAGGCCAGACAUAGUGCAGUACACCCUUAAUCUCACCACUUGAGAGGCAGAGGCAGGGAAUCUCAUAGUUGAGGGCCAACCUGAUCUAUAUACUGAGUUCCCCAUCCGUCACCCGUGGCUACAUAGUGUGACUGUUUUCAUAAAAGGGUAAAAACAUGUUCAUGUGAAGAGCAAGUUUGACCGCAAGAGAUGUCUUCACUUGGUGUAUGUGCUUCCUCAGUAAAAUCUUGGCAAAGCGCGGUAAACUCAAGAGUGCGAGUCGUGGUCCAGUCCUUUGACAAUUUUUUCAUAUGUUCAUUCCCAUAAAUGUCAGCAAUAUGAAGGACUGGAUACAAAUUUUCAUCUGUCUUAAGAACGCUUUAGAAAAAUGCAAAAUCUGAAGAAACUAUGUAAAUAUGUUGAACUUCCUUUUUGGAAGUUGGAAUUUAUUAGGGAUUUGUUGUUUAUCAGAAAUAGUCUUGCCUUGUAACCCUUCUUUUUCAACCUCUAAAUUGUGUUUGUGAAAGAUGUCUCAUCCCCAUCCAGCAUCGGUAGUUCAUACUCCCCCUAGCCCUUUGAUUUUUCCAGACAUGGUUUCCCUGUGUAGUACUGGCCAUCCUAGAACUCUAGAUCAGGCUGUGUCAAACUCAAGAGAUCCACCUGUCUCUGCCACCCUAGUGCUUGGAUUGAAGGGGUGUGCCACCACCACCCAGCAUUCUUUUUUUUCAAGAUUUGUUUAUCUUAUUUCUGUGAGUACACUGCAGCUGUCUUCAGACACACACUAGAAGAGGGCGUUGGAUCCCAUUAUAGAUAGUUGUAAGUCACCAUGUAGUUGCUGGGAAUUGAACUCAGGACCUCUGGAAGAGCAGCCAGCGCUUUUAACUGCUGAGCCAUCUCUCCAGCCCCUACCCAGCUUACAUUUUUUGCUAGAGAAAAUUAUCUCUAUUUUAGUUCAUUUUUAAAAUUAUGUGUAGAUGCAUGUGUCUGUAUGCAUCUCUGCACAUGUAGUUCCUGAAGAGGCCAAAAGGGUGUGUCAGAUCCCCUGGGGCUGGAGUUAAUGGGUAGGACCUGUCCUGUAUGUGUGCUGGAACCAAAUCAUGUUCUCUGGAAGACUCUUUUGUGCAAGAAAUGGCACUGAGCCAGUUCUCUAGCCCCUAGAAAAGUAUCUUGAGUUGUGUAUAUGAGAUAGAGGAUUAUUUAAGUACAGGAGAUAGAAACAAAAAUGACCUUAAAAAGAAGAAUUGAAAACAAAAGCGCACUAUCAUUACAUUAAUUUUAAUUUUAUAAGGUUUUUUUUUAAAGUAGUAGUGUAUACAAAUUUAAUGGGUGAUAUCUUUUUGUAUCAAACUAGGUAGUUUUUUCUUUCACUUUAAGUUAUAUACAUUCAUUGGUGAGUUGAUAAUUUCUUGUAAUAUGCCAGGAAGCAUAAAACUUGUCUUGUUUUCAAGACUUUGAGAUUAAUGGAUGGAGGAAAAAUGACCUUUUUGUGAAUAUUGAGAUUUUUUUUUCCCCACUUGAUUCACCGGACAAGUUCUUACCAUUUUAAAGACUGUCAUUCUCUUCUAUGAACAAAAACCACUUUUAUAUUAUACUUUUUUAUUAACUUUUCUCUCUACCUGGUAUUUUUUUCCAUAUUUCUUGUCUCCAUGCCUUUUAAACUAUGUUUGAACCACUUUUAGGUUAACAAAUGUUAACUCUUGUCUCUGUAGAAGGUAGGUAUAAAUGUCACUCUAACCAUAGAUUGACAUCUCAUUUAGAAAUUGUUUCUAUGUCAUAAGCCAUUUUUAUUGUACAUGUAAAUUUAAUAAUUUUAUCUCCUGUAAAUGUGGCUUUUCAUGCAUAUUUUGUUGUAUCUUUGAUUUUUAUUGUAAUUUCUCCUGUCAUAAUACUAAAAGACACAUUGGCA